UAGUUGUUCUGGUGGAGGCGGGCGGGUCUAAUCUGAGAGGUGGGGCUUGAGACGCUCCUUUCACGAGUCCACACUGCGGCAUCUGAGUGGAAAAGUGUAGCACCAUGGCAUCUGUGUUAUCCUACGAAAGCCUGGUACACGCCGUGGCCGGAGCCGUGGGAAGCGUGACUGCUAUGACAGUGUUCUUUCCCCUGGAUACUGCUAGACUUCGCCUUCAAGUUGAUGAGAAAAGAAAGUCAAAAACAACACAUGCGGUGCUCCUGGAGAUAAUUAAGGAAGAAGGCCUCCUGGCACCAUACCGAGGGUGGUUUCCAGUUAUUUCCAGUCUCUGCUGCUCCAAUUUUGUCUAUUUCUACACUUUUAAUAGCCUCAAAGCAGUAUGGGUCAAAGGUCAACGUUCUUCUACAGGAAAAGAUCUGGUGAUUGGAUUUGUUGCAGGAGUGGUGAAUGUGUUGCUGACGACUCCACUCUGGGUGGUAAACACCAGACUGAAGCUGCAAGGGGCAAAAUUUCGGAAUGAAGACAUCAUACCAACUAACUACAAAGGCAUUAUGGAUGCAUUCCACCAGAUUGUCCGCGAUGAGGGGAUCUCAGCUCUGUGGAACGGCACCUUCCCCUCCUUGCUGCUGGUCCUCAACCCUGCCAUCCAGUUCAUGUUCUACGAAGGCUUAAAACGGCAGCUUUUAAAGAAGCGCAUGAAGCUCUCCUCUCUGGAUGUCUUCAUCAUUGGAGCAGUAGCCAAAGCGAUUGCCACCACAGUCACCUAUCCCAUGCAGACAGUGCAGUCGAUUCUGAGGUUUGGACGUCAUAGACUAAAUCCAGAAAACAGGACACUGGGGAGUCUCCGGAAUGUUCUCUAUCUUCUUCACCAGCGAGUCAAACGCUUUGGAAUCGUGGGACUCUACAAAGGCCUCGAAGCCAAGCUGCUCCAGACGGUGCUCACGGCUGCCCUCAUGUUCCUGGUGUACGAGAAGCUGACAGCUGCCACCUUCACCGUUAUGGGCCUGAAGAGCUCACACAAGCACUGAGCUCCGCCCACAGGACAGUGCGGAGAUGCGCGUGCUGCACAGAGAAGAGGCCAGGUGCUCCUUUCCCUCAGGCUCCAUCCACACCGCAGACAUUCCUGGCAUCGGCUGGAAAGGCACGAAAGGCUAAACAGCGAGUAUAGACAGCUAAGCCUGUUGCCAACUUGAUUUCUUAUGGUGUUCGGUUGGAUUUGGGGGGAGACGUUAGACUAAUUUGAAAACCUGAAAGUGGAAGUUUGUGGGUGUUCAUUAAUUGUUCUCAAGGGGAAAUGGACUUUGCAUCUAAAGCUUUUGUCAACUUUGCCACUUGUUUUCUUUCCCUAAAUACCCUUCCAGACGAUUCAGAAACAUUUCUCCUCAGAUACUUCUGUGUGUCUUAACCUUGGUAAGGAGUUCCUCGCUGAAACUAACAUCAUGCCUGUGCCGUGGGCGCAACUUUAUUUCUCUUUGACUCUCUUCAUUCUGCUUAAAGAGAGUUAAGUGAGCUGUUUAUUUUUGGGGGGAAAUGAAAAUGAUUAAUUCUAAAUGAUUUUCUUAAAAUUUGUAAAUGUCAUUAUCCAUUAGUGUUUGACAUGUUUUUUUUAAAUACAUAUUUAUUUGAAUUGUCUUUUA